AUGGCUGAGAAGCUUGGACCAGCAGGGCUCAAGCCCACCAACAUCCUAACCCCUAACUCCCUUCCCCCAGAUCCUAUCGACAUCAUCCGCACCAAAGCCCGCUCCCGCCGAGUUCGCCUUAACGUGGGGGGGCUGAACCACGAAGUCUUGUGGCGGACUCUGGACCGGCUACCUAGGACCCGGCUCGGCAAGCUCCGAGACUGCAACACCCACGAGUCUCUGAUGGAAGUGUGCGAUGACUACAGCCUGAACGAAAAUGAAUACUUCUUCGACCGUCACCCGGGGGCCUUCACCUCCAUUCUCAACUUUUACCGAACCGGAAAGUUACACAUGAUGGAGGAGAUGUGCGCCCUUUCGUUUGGCCAGGAGUUAGACUACUGGGGGAUUGAUGAAAUCUACCUGGAGUCCUGCUGCCAGGCCCGUUACCACCAGAAAAAGGAGCAGAUGAAUGAGGAGCUGCGGAGGGAGGCAGAGACACUGAGGGAAAGGGACGGAGAGGGAGAAUUUGAUAACACCUGCUGCCCAGACAAGAGGAAGAAGCUGUGGGAUCUCCUGGAGAAGCCCAGCUCCUCGGUGGCUGCGAAGAUUCUGGCCAUCAUAUCAAUCCUGUUCAUCGUCCUCUCCACCAUUGCUCUGUCUCUCAACACCUUACCAGAGCUUCAGGUCGUAGAUGAGUUCGGCCAGAACAACGACAAUCCCCAGCUGGCCCACGUGGAGGCUGUGUGCAUUGCCUGGUUUACCAUGGAGUACCUCCUGCGCUUCCUCUCUUCUCCUAAUAAGUGGAAGUUUUUCAAAGGCCCACUGAAUGUCAUUGACUUGCUGGCCAUCCUGCCCUACUAUGUCACCAUCUUCCUAACUGAGUCCAACAGGAGUGUACUGCAGUUCCAAAAUGUGCGCCGUGUGGUACAGAUAUUCAGGAUCAUGAGAAUAUUGAGGAUCCUGAAGUUGGCCAGGCACUCCACAGGGCUCCAGUCUCUAGGAUUUACACUGAGAAGGAGCUAUAAUGAAUUGGGGCUGCUUAUUUUAUUUCUUGCCAUGGGCAUCAUGAUAUUUUCCAGCUUGGUCUUCUUUGCUGAGAAAGAUGAAGAUGCCACAAAAUUCACCAGUAUCCCUGCCUCAUUCUGGUGGGCCACCAUUACAAUGACUACAGUGGGCUAUGGUGACAUUUAUCCACAGACUUUACUUGGAAAGAUUGUGGGUGGGCUCUGCUGUAUUGCAGGAGUGCUGGUAAUUGCCCUACCUAUCCCCAUUAUUGUCAACAACUUCUCUGAGUUCUAUAAAGAGCAAAAGAGGCAGGAGAAGGCCAUCAAGAGGAGGGAGGCACUGGAGAGAGCCAAGCGGAAUGGCAGUAUUGUGUCAAUGAACCUGAAAGAUGCCUUUGCCCGCAGUAUGGAACUGAUGGAUGUGGUAGUGGAGAAAGGAGAGGACAAAACCUCUCUGGAUAACCAUCUGUCACCUAGCCGCUGGGGUACCUCAACCAGGCACUCCACCUCUGAAAUCAACCUAAAGUCCCCAGAUAAAAGAAACCCAGAUACUAUGCCACAAAGCUCCCCUAAUCGUAUAUCCAUCACCACCACUGGAAGUACCCAGUGGACAAAUAGGUCCCCACAGCACCUUAAUGUUCAGAAACUGGAGGAGAUGUACAACCAGAUGACCAAAUCACAGUCCUUCUCAAAUCUUAACACUACAAGCUCCAUGAGCACUCUGAGCACAACUGUGACCGCUCCGGUCUCACCUAAGAAAUCUUACAGCCCUGAAAACACAUUAACAGAAGAGGUGGAGUUGGAGAUGAAGGAGGUCCAACCCUCCUCUGCAGAUAACUUUGCCAGCUGCUCAGGUGAGGAAGAAGCUGGGCCAGAUCAGAUCAGAUACCCCACAGCCCCACCAUAUCUCGAUCUUAGUCAACUGAGGGCAAUUGAUGACCAGAACUCUCCCGACACCAUACUCAAAGAUGGCCUCUAUGAAUCUGUUAACCCAUGUGAUGGAUCUGAGCUCCACAUAGAGGUAGGAGAGAGCUUUAACAGUGCUGUAGAGAAUAUCCAGAACUCUCCAAUAGGGAAUAACCCUCUUAAAAUAAAGCAGUUAAAGGUCAACUUCACCAAAACCUCUGCUGAAGGCCCACUAACACCGCCCAGCACUACCUCUCCUGGAGACAUCAGCUCCAGCAUCCUGGAAGACGAGUCCCCAGAGGGAGAGACCUCACAGCUUAUUCCCAGUUCAGAGGAGCUCCUCCCAGUCACAGAGGAGGAGACAUGCCCAUUGUCCCCUAAACAGUUGGUGGUAGACACCCCACCCGGUGAUGAAGAUCAAUCUGCAGAGAACCAUGAGGAGAGGCAUCUGAUGGAGGUGGCAGGUGCUGCUGUUGCACCCUUGUCACCCAAGGCAGCAGCACAAAAUUGCACCCAAGAUGUGGUUGGGGCUGGCGAAGAAGUAAAAGCUGACAGCAACCAAAGUGGACACAAAGUAGAGAAUCACAUGUUUACAUCUGAUAUCCACCUGAGACCCGGAGAUGGCAGCCUCUCUCCGACCUGUGAAACCAGCAUGUGA